AAUUUCGUCUCUCUCACGCGCACGAAACAAAGAGUAAAUUCAGUAAUGGAAAACAUCGGCCCCUUGAUCAGAGGCUACCUCACGAAGCUAAAGCAAGCAUCGGUGUUGUGGGUCGAAGGUUUUCGAGAAGCUUGCUGUCUCCACAGAGUCGUCAUCUACUGUCUCAGGUCGAGGCAACUGAUGAUUCGAACCGGACAGUGCUUUCUCUUAAACGGUUUUAUAUUUUUAGGGAGUAUUUUCAUUCUAAGAUCUCUUAUCAUUCCAACACUACAAUGGAUAUUACCCUUUGGAGUCUCAGAUGGUGAUCAAGAUCUAUGCUUAUCGCAUAUGCCUAUAAGAUUGUAUGCCUUCUUACGACUUGGACUCUUACAACUUAUUUAUGGUCUAUGGUUCUACCCUUUGUACAUAUUCAGCUUCAUUUUAAGCACUAUCUGGUACAAUGAUAUUGCUCAGUUUGGUCUUACAGUGACUGAAAGAGCUGGAUCAACCAAUGCAACUCCAUCUAACAAUAACAAAAAAGAGGCAUCAACUUCAGAAAAUACAACACAAACACAUACACAUGUUGAUAAACCAACUGAUCUUGGCCGGGUCAUGAUAGGAAUAGCAGAACAAGGCUAUUCACUCCUCCUUUUGACCUUUUUCUUUCUCGAGGUUUACCUCACGGGUUUGGUGCCUUAUAUCGGGAAGGCACUCAAUUUUAUACUUCUUUCAUGGAUGUAUGCCUACUACUGCUUUGAGUACAAAUGGAACUUCUCUGGUUUGAGUUUGGAUAAAAGGCUUGACUUCUUUGAGUCAAACUGGGCAUUCUUUGCUGGUUUUGGAUCUCCUUGCGUUCUGGCUAUUUUCUUCUUUUCUCCUUUAGUAAGUUAUGGUGUAAUGGCUGUGCUCUUUCCAAUGUUUGUUCUGACUGCAGCAGGCUCAGAUGCUGAGAGUGUGGUCAACUAUCAAAAAACAAAAUGGAGGGGUCAAGAAUUGGGAAAGCUUCCUAUAUUUUAUGUUGCGGAUAAGUUAUUGAUGCGAAUCUUAUCUCUUCUUCCUGUGGAACCUCAUGGACAAACAUCCGACAAGAAAGCACUCUGAAACCAACACGCUGAUCCUAAGUAGUACUUGGAAAGUUAACAUUGUACAAAGAUCAAUUUUACUUGUUUUAUGGCUGCAAUCAUUAAAUUAAUUAGUUUGUGUG